CAAGGAUGAGUAAAACGACAGUGUUUUAGACGAAUAAACAGCAAAAGACGACGGUGCGUUUUGGAAAUCGGAUUUCUUUGUAGAUUUUUCAUCGCAGAUACUCAGAGCUGCUAUGGCUUUUGCUUUAUCGCUAAGCUUCUCGGUGGCGCUUCAGCGUUUGCCGUCGUCUUCUUCCGCCGAAUGCGUCUCUCUGGGUCACUCCAGACCCACCAAUUUUCUCCUACCGCGUCGCCUUCUUCAUCCAUCCACUCUCACUUUGGCUCGCCGCAGACAUAACAAUCCUGCGGUCAUCUCCACUGCCUCGCCUUCUUCGAAGAGAAAGAAGUCUAAUAAAGCGAAAAAAAAUGUCAGUAAUAACGGAAAUGAUGGUAUGGAAGAGGAUUUGGAAGGGGACCCUCUGGAGGCACUGUUCAGUAUACUGGCAGAAGACCUUAAAAAUGAUGGGUCAGCAACGGAAGGGGGUGAUGAUGACGAUGAGAUAACUGAAGAAGAUAUUGAUAGGUUAGCAAGUGAAUUGGAGGAAGCACUUGGGGACUUCGAGAUAGGUGCAAUCGACUCGACUUCAAAUGAUGCAGCAGAUGACGCUGGUGAAGACGACGACAAUGAUGAAGAGGAAGAUGAAGGUGAAGACGACGAUGAAGAAGAAGAAGAAAGACCGGUGAAGCUUAAGAAUUGGCAACUUCGGAGAUUGGCUUACGCUUUGAAAGUUGGGCGUAGGAAAACCAAUAUCAAAAGUCUAGCAGCUGAUUUAUGUCUUGAUAGGUCUGUUGUUCUCGAAUUGCUGCGUGACCCUCCUCCAAAUCUUAUUCUGAUGAGUGCUACCUUGCCUGAUGAACCAACUCCAACUGUUCCAGUCUCUGAAACAAAACCAAUAGAAAGUGAAAAAAUAACAGUGGAAGCUGUGAAACCUGAGAGAAAGGUGAAAGAGCCAAUCCAUGUGAUGCAACAUAGAUGGUCUGCACAAAAGAGGCUUAAGAAAGUGCAGGUUGAAACCCUUGAGAGAGUCUACAGAAGAUCAAAACGACCCACUAAUGCAAUGAUUAGCAGCAUUGUUCAUGUGACUAAUGUGCCUCGUAAAAGAGUUCUGAAAUGGUUUGAAGACAGGCGCAAUGAGGAUGAAAUUCCCAGUCACCACCUUCCAUAUGAACGGUCUGUUCCUGGAACUGUCUCCUCCCAAUAAAAUAUUAUGUAUAUUUGGGUUUAACAGUGGUACACAUAAGACAGAAAUUACAUGUUCCAUACCUUCUUUUGCUCUUUUUUGUACUCAAUAUGAUGUCAAUAAUCGCUAAUCCCAGGCUAGUCCCCUGCGCAUGACAGAGAAUGGUUUUUACAUGGCUGAUAGAUUAUGGUUUCCCUAAUCAUCAAAGUACAAAUAGGUUUAAUUAAAGUUAAAAUUUUUAU